AUGUCGAAGCCCCCAACAUGGUGCUUCAUCCCAUUCUUCAUCGAUUGUCCUGUCAAGAUCAUUGGCUUCGCGGCGCGGGCGAUCAAUGCUAUCGAGACCCCCGAUUGGACCAGAGGUACAUACAUCAUCCAAGCUCUUCUGUUGCUUCUUGGGCCUCCCUUCUAUGUGGCAUCGAUCUACAUGGUCUUUGGACGAUGA